AUGGACACGGAGCUGGAGGCCAACAUCAAACAGGCGCUACCGAGUGCGCUAAAGAUGGCUUUGUACGCAGCAAAGAAACAACAUCUAGAGAUACUGAAAUACGCAAUUGAAGGCGUGGACUCGUUAUGCAAUAACGCAGCGUUUUUGAAAGACCUGGACGACCAAGAGCACCUGCAGCAAUUGGGCGAGACGGCCAAAGGUUUUGCCCUGCUUGAGACUCAGCUAACACGUUACAAGACGCAAUUGGAGAAACUCGAGCCAUUCGUAGAGACUGGAAAGCUGGACCAGACGAAGAUUAAUAACGUGCUGAAGAGCGCAUUGGCUAAACCGCGUAUCAAUGCGACCAAACAUGACUUCUACAAGAAAUUUUGCGAUAAAGCAGGAAUUGAACGUGCGGUAGACGGCGACGAAGAUGUGCUGGUUCAGGAAAGCGAAAGCACGAGGAGCACUAUCUGUCCUGUCACACAGAUGGAGAUGGAUGACCCGUUGCGAAAUCCAAGCUGUGGCCACACGUAUUCAAAGAAAGGGAUUCAGGCCCACUUGCAGCGCAGCAAGAAAUGCCCAGUGGCAGGUUGUCCACAAGAACUAUUACUCAACAAUUUGGAGCGCGAUGUUGAGAUGGAGGUCAUCAUUGCUCGAAGGCUCAGUCGCCAUGCUUCAGAGCAGCAAUGGUCGCAUGAUGCUGUUGCAAUGGCGGACGAGGAUGAAGAAGACGAGGAAGAAUACGUUGUUGAGUAA